CCCCCUCACAGCGGGACGCCGCAGAAGUAGAUCGGGGAUGAGGUCUGACCCGCAGCCUGUUGUUGAUGUUCGCUGGGAGGAUUUUAUUAAAGAGAAAAAUAAAACAAAGUGUGCGCACAGCGGAGAGUCAACAUUCGCUCCUGCUGUAAAUGAGCGAGGAAACUGUGGACAGAUGAGAGAAAGUGAAUUGGGAGCGUUUGGAGUCGCUUUUGUUGGACACGCUGCCCUCUGGCACCGCUGCUGCUGCUAACAGCGGCUCUUUGUGCUGCAGGCUGCCGCUUUUUCCUUCAGGGAGAAAGGUAGGACCUCUGGAAAAACCUUCCUGCAGGCUCCAAGAUAGAUUCCCUCAGGAGUAAAGUGGAUCUGCUGCGCCUCCCUCUGGCCCUCUCUACCAAGUCCAUCAGCAACUGCAAGAGCCAGUUGGGAGUGGCCUGGGACAAGGGCGGCUUGGGGACAGGAGUGGCCCAGAAACUCCGCCCACCGCCGAUCACUGACAUGGACAACGAGUCAACGUACUCGGGAUACUCUUACAAGUCAUCCCACUCGAGGAGUUCCCGCAAACACAGGGAGAGAAGGGACAGGCAUCGCUCUAAGAAUCGCGAUGGCAGCAUCCGUGGAGAGAAAUCUGUGGUCAUCCAGGCUCCGGGGGAGUCGCUGCUGGACGCAGAUUCCCCCAGAGAGGACGACAGGGAUGACAACUGGGGUGAAACGACCACGGUGGUCACCGGCACCUCCGUGGACAGCAUCUCAAACGAGGACCUGACGCAGCUAUCUAAGGACUCAGACGACUCUUCAGCGCUGGAGUGCCGGCGUUACAUCAGCCCAGCGCUGGGAGCCAUUCUGGGCUUCGUCUCUCUGAUCACUCCACUGGCCUUCUUGGCCCUCCCACAGCUCUUGUGGCGGGACUCACUGGACCCUUGUGGCACGCCGUGCGAAGGCCUUUACAUUUCACUCGCCUUCAAGCUCCUGAUCCUCCUCAUCUCCACGUGGGCGCUGUUUCUCCGCCCGCCCAGAGCCGCUCUGCCACGCUUCUUUGUGUUUCGCUGUCUGCUGCUUGCGCUGGUCUUUCUCUUCGUGGCGUCCUAUUGGCUCUUCUAUGGGGUGCGGGUGCUGGAGCCCAGAGAGACAGACUACAGGGGGAUUGUGGGCUAUGCAGCAUCUCUGGUGGACGCAUUGUUGUUCAUUCAGUACCUAGCCCUCGUGCUGCUGGAGGUCAGACACCUGCAGCCUGCUUUCUCUCUGAAGGUUGUGAGGAGCACAGAUGGAGUCAGCCGCUUCUACAAUGUGGGACAUCUCAGCAUUCAGAGGGCCGCAGCGUGGGUUCUCGAUCAGUACUACAGCGACUUUCCGGUUUAUAACCCUGCUUUGCUUAACCUCCCCAAGUCCAUCCUCACCAAGAAAAUGUCUGCUUUCAAAGUCUACAACCUGGGGGAAGACAACAGCACCAACAACUCCACAGGCCAGUCCAGAGCCAUGAUUGCAGCGGCCGCUCGGAGAAGAGACAACUCUCACAACGAGUACUACUAUGAAGAGGCCGAGGUGGAGCGGAAGGUCCGCAAACGCAAAGCCAGGCUGGUGGUGGCAGUAGAAGAAGCUUUUACCCACAUCAAACGUCAUCAGCAGGAAGAUGCAGUCACUUCGUCUCCCAAACACCCGCGGGAGGUGAUGGACCCCAGGGAGGCAGCUCAGGCCAUAUUUGCCCCCAUGGCGCGGGCCAUGCAGAAGUACCUUCGUGCAACCAGGCAGCAGACUUACCACAGCAUGGAGAGCAUCAUCAGCCACCUGCAGUUCUGCAUUACCCACAACAUGACACCAAAGGCUUUCCUAGAGCGUUACCUCGUCCCGGGCCCCACCCUGCAGUACCUGGACAGCAACAAGGGGCGCCAGUGGACACUAGUGAGCGAGGAGCCAGUGACCGCCUCUCUGCGUCAAGGCCACGUCUUCAGCCUGAGGCGCCUCGACCUUUCUCUGAUUGUGACAGUAACGCCGCUUCCUUUCUUGCACAUAGCCGAAGAGUUCAUUGAUCCCAAAAGCCACAAGUUUGUCAUGAAGCUUCAGUCAGAGACGUCUGUGUAGGAGGGGAGAGGCACAGGACAAGGCAGAGGAGGGGCAGGAUGUCGCAUCAUAUGUACUAAUAACUGAGGGCAAAUUUUUGGGGGGGACUUUUUUAAGGUAUAUUUUGUUUUUUCUUUAUUUACUUUGCAGUAUUUAAAGCCUGAUUGUCAUGACUGUUUUUCAGAGUGUGAGACAGAAUGGUCUUUACUGACAUGAAUAUAGGAAAAACACCAAGGCCACAAAAAUAGCAGGUCGCUGACCAUCUUCCGUUUACUUGCUUGUAAAACUGCUGCCUGUUAACUUCGCUAAGUGAUUCUACUUCCCGUUGUUGCAUUUUGUUUGCUCUUUAAAUUAGAUUUUUGAAAAAUGUGUUAUUACUACACCAUUUACCUAAGAUCCACCCAUUAUAGAUCCAUGUAGGAUACUGAUUGGCUGUAGAAAAUAUUCAAGUAUUUUUACUGUUCAAAAUGACCUUUUCAUAUGUAAGCAGACCUGAAAGGCUCCACUUUACUUUAUCAUUCUCAGACUUAAGCUCAGUUCUCUUUUCUUUCUUUAGCAUCUUCUUUUUUCCUUUUUUUAGUUCCUGCCAGACUGACCGUGAAAGGCAAAUAAUGAACAGAAAACUUUACUAAAAGUUUGCCUGACAUUUAUAGACUGCUUUCAUAACCUAAAUAUGGAGACAUGAAACCAUCUUUGAACUAUUUCUUCUUAUAUGUUUUAUUCCACAGAAUGAAGGUGAAAUGCUAACUUUGCAGUAAAUAUGAAAUUUUAACCAAGUCUGGAUUAACAAUUUGACUGUUUCAGAAAUAUGUUUUGUAUUUUUUAUGUGGUUUGGUCACUCACUGAAAGCUCCAUCAACAGAAAUGUUUUACAUGAUGGGGUAAAGAAAAGCUAAAUUAAGAGCAGGGCCUAGAACCUGUCCCAGGUAUCAUAGAUCAAGAGGUAACUGGGCUAACAAAGAGAAACAGACAACCACAUUCAGAAUCAAAAGUUGAUCUUAACCCACUAACUUCAUGUUUUUGGACUGUCGAGGAACCAAAGUACCCAGACAGGCAAACAUGGGGAGAAACCCUUAACAGAUGGUUGUUUUGAACCCAGGAACGUCUUGCUGUGAGGCAACAGUGCUAACCACCACACUAUGCACUUCCCACUUUAUAAAGUCUUCCUCUAUAAGCAAAAAUACUAUAUUCAAUAAUUUACAUUAGCCUCAUGAAUACAUUUAGUCUUUACGGCCUAUUUUAAAGUCCUAUUGGAUUAAUAAUAGCGAUGCAUUAAUGCUGGUGAA